AUGGGGUCACAACUCAAUGCUCCAAGAUUUCGAAAGCUUCAGCGCUUUGAUGCCGAUUAUGCGCCAACAAGCAUCACUCAAUAUGAGUCGGAGAGGAGUGGCAUGCAGGUCAUUGUCGUUGAUCGCAAGGGCCCCAAGGUGAAUGGAUACUUCACCUUGGCUACUGAGAUCUUCGAUGAUUCGGGAGCACCCCACACUCUAGAACAUCUGGUCUUUAUGGGCUCGAGGAGCUACCAGUAUAAGGGUCUUCUUGAUAAGCUUGCCUCGAGAGCAUACGGUACCACCAAUGCAUGGACAGCCACGGAUCAUACCGCAUACACUCUGGAGACAGCUGGAUGGGAAGGAUUCGCGCAAACAUUGCCGGUAUAUCUUGAGCACUUGAUUGUGCCAACCAUGACCGACGCUGCUUGCCUGACAGAAGUGCAUCAUAUCGAUGGGGAAGGCAACGAUGCCGGCGUCGUUUACUCUGAGAUGCAAGGUGUGCAGUACACGAGCACCGAACUAAUGGACAUCAAAGCACGCCACCUGCUUUAUCCCGAAAAUGUCGGGUUUCGCUACGAGACUGGAGGCAUGAUGGACGCGUUGCGUGUCCUGACUCCCAAGAGAAUUCGCGAUUUCCACAAGGAGAUGUACCAACCACGAAACAUGUGCAUCAUCAUCGUUGGUGAAGUUGAUCACGACAAUCUCCUCCGCAUUCUAGAUGAUUUCGAGGAGAGCGUCAAAGAUGACAUUCCAGCUCUGGAUGCGCCCUUCAGACGUCCCUGGAUUGAUUCGGCCCAGCCUCCAGCGCUCAAAGAGACGGUUAUAGAGACUGUUGAGUUUCCCGAGGAAGAUGAAUCUACUGGAGACAUCAUCAUUGGCUUCUUUGGUCCAGACUGCUCUGAUACAUUACAAUCUACUGCUCUCAACAUCAUUCUGACUUACCUUUGCGGAUCAUCUGUAUCUGUUCUGGAGAACGUGUUGGUGGAGAGAGAGGCUCUGGCAAGCUCGGUCGGAUACUGGUGGGAUUCGCGCCCCAACAGCGUUAUUUGGUUCCAGCCUACUGGAGUCGCCACUGAUAAGCUCGCAUUCGUUGAGCAGCGCCUCGUUACUCUGAUCAAGGAGGUUCUUGACAAGCCGCUCGAUCUCAAGUAUUUGCUAGACUGUAUUCAGCGUGAGAGACGGCAGGUCAAGGCCCAGGGAGAAGGGUCUGAAUCGUACUGGUCCAACAAUGUCAUUACUUCAUACCUCUUCGGAGAUCGUGCCGGUUCAACCUUGAAGGACCUAGGAAGUCUUGGUGAGUACGACAAGCUAGAAAACUGGUCAGAGGAGCAAUGGAAAGACUUCCUGAGAAAGUGGCUUGUCGACGCCCAUCAUAUCUCUGUUUUGGGCAAGCCGUCACAGAAGCUUGCUGAUGAGUUGAAGGCCAAGGAGGUGGCAAGAAUUGAGAAGAGAAAGCAGGAACUCGGACCUGAAGGCUUGGAAAAGCGCCGAAAAGCGCUUGAAGACGCCAAGAAGCAAAAUGAUGUUGAGAUUCCUGACGCGGUCCUGGAGAAAUGGCCUGUUCCAGGAACCGAGUCUAUCCACUUCAUUGAAUCUCUCACAGCAAGAUCUGGACUUGCUCGAAGCCUCGGCCUGGCAUCCAAUUCGGCCCAAAAGGCCAUUGAUGAUGCUGCACCAGGUGCCCCAUUGUUUGUGCAAUUCGAAAGUGUGCCCUCCAACUUUGUGCAUAUAACCCUGCACAUUGGUACUUCUGACAUUCCACUCAAGUACAAGCCACUCAUGCCGCUAUUCACCGAUAACUUCUUCAACACGCCCAUCAACCGAGAUGGAAAACGCGUCGACUUUGAACAAGUUGUCAUGGAGCUUGAGAAGGACACGAUACAGUACAGCAUUGAAUCCGGCAACCGUCUUGGCGAUACCGAGAGCAUUACAUUGCGGAUGCAAGUUGAGCCUGAAAAAUAUGCAACUGCUGUUGACUGGCUCAAGACUAUGAUGUUUGACAGCGUAUUUGAUGUCACUCGUCUGAGGGCUGCUAUUAGCAAACAAAUUGCGGAUAUCCCCGAGGCCAAGAGAGAUGGCCGAACGAUGGCCAACGAAGUCGAGAUGGCCAUUCAUAAUGAACCUUCAGCGAUGCUUGUGGCCAAACGCACGCUCGUGAAAGCAGUCUACCUCAAGCGCCUGAAGAAACUGCUCGAAAAGGACCCCGACACAGUUGUUUCCUGGUUUGAGCAAGUGCGUAAGUCUCUCUUCACCUUUGCCAACAUCCGCGUCCUUGUCACAGCCGAUGUUGCCAAUGGCAAGCUCCCCGAUCCUGUCAAAACGUGGGACAUCUUGGUGGAUGCUCUCAACACAAAGUCGGACUCCAUCAAGCCCAUUGUGAAGCCGCACACUCUGCUCAGCGAAGAAGGCAAGAAUCCGGGUCAAGUUGGAGCAAUUAUUAUUCCCAUGACAACGAUCGACUCUUCAUUUUCAGUGAGCUCAAGCAAAGGCAUUACGUCCUUCUCAGACCCCAUGGUGCCAUCACUCCUGGUGGCUGCCCAGUAUCUUGAAACGGUGGAGGGUCCUCUCUGGACUGCUGUUCGAGGCAACGGUCUUGCCUAUGGCGUGUACUUUGCCAAGGAGGUCGAUGGAGGCUAUGUGCAUUUCAAGGUUUACCGCUCACCCAUGGCUUCAAAGGCCAUCACUGCUGCUCGAGACGCUAUUGCCGCCUUGGCAAACGGUACUGUCCCCUUUGAAAAGCCCAUGAUUGAGGGUGCCAUUAGUCAAAUCGUUAUGACCAUGGCAGAUGAGCAGGCUACAAUGGCAUCAGCUGCUACCCAGAACUACAUUAUUGGUGCCGUCCGAGGUCUAGAGCCAGAGUUCAACACAAAGCUGUUGGCCAAGGUCCGAGACGUGACAGAGGAUCAGAUCCGGCAUGCUAUGACCGAAUAUUUGCUCCCUCUAUUCGAACCUGGCAAGAGUAAUGUCGUUGUUUGUUGUGCCCCCAUCAUGCUUGAUACCCUUCAGAAAGACUUGCAGGAUAUGGGUUACAAGACUCAGGUCAAACAACUGGCAGAUUAUCACGAGGCUUACGGACUCGAAGCCGAUGAAGAGGACGGGGAAGAGGAUGAUGAGGAUGAGGAUGAGGAUGAUUCAGGCUCAGACGGAUCUGAAGGUUCUUAUGAAUCCGAAGAAGACGAGUAA